GUUCGAGGUGGGCGCCGUGCGCGGCCUGUUCACCUACAUGUACGAGGUCCAGGGCUACGGCGACCUCGAGGAGAUACCCGCCUACUACGGCAUGGUGUGGAUGACCACGGAGGUGAUCGACGGCGUCCUGACCAGCAAGCUGCCCAAAACGAGGCAGCCGGACGCCGUCUUCGCCUUCAGCGAGGGCUGGCUCACCCUGUGGAACAAGAUGGUAGAAAAGGACAGGCUCCACAUCGUGAAGAACGUCGCCAUCAGCCGCAUCACGAGGUCCUAG